UACGGUACAAGGGAGACAGUUUUUCGACUCAUAUUUUCUUUGAAGCAAUGGAGCUGAUCUCCUGUUCACAUCCUCCCUCCCACCGACGAACCAUAUAGAAAUAACAAACACCUCCAGUAUCAGUCUGGCGCAGGCUCUCGGGCUGUCUUCUGCAGGUCAUCUUGGGUGGGACAUCAGAUUGGAGAAGAUGCCAAUGGAUACACCACAUUUGACAUGGACACCACCCGUAGUCGUGUUCCUUAUGCUCCUCCCAGUUCCAUUGUGGGGUCUGGAAAUGCAGUUUGUACCCACCUCUAUAUCCGUAUCCCUUGGAGAGGACGUUACGAUCCCAUGCAACUUCCAUAAGAAACCCAAUGAGGAUGUGACCGUUUUCUGGUUCCGGGACGGAAUAUCUAACGAAACAUAUAGAAUGGUAGAAUUAGAAUCCAACACGCAAAACCUGACCAUCGCCAACGUAAACAAAACAGACCGUGGGUUCUAUCAGUGCAGAGUGAACGUAGGAAAUAGAAACCAUUUAUCCUGUGGAACCUACCUAAGAGUGAAGGGUCCUCCUCUAUACCUGUUCUUUAACGUUUCAGAAGCUACAAAGAACAGACUCAUCACUGCUGAGGGAAUCAUACUGCUCCUCUGCGCUAUCAUCCCUGGGACCUUCCUCCUGUACAGGCGAUGUCGUCAUGCUGAAGUGUACAAGCGUUUAUGGGAAGCUUAUUCCACGGCAGGCAAAGCCAUCAAUAAUGAUUACACGUCCCUGACUGGUGUACAGCUGUUGUCAGUAGACCCGGCGCGUACAACAAUGUAGAACAGCGCAGGAGCCAUAUGGCAGCAUUAUCAGUCUUCUUUAUUGCCUUCCUCUCUCAGACCUACAUGCUUUCACCACUGCUUAAAAGGAACCACUGAAAGUCCCGUAAGGGGUAGUCCUGCAUAGAAAAUUCAUUCUCAGAAAAGUAAUACAGUGAACCCUCAACUUACAAUGGCCUCAACAUACAUUAGUUUCAACAUACAAUGGUCUAUUCUGGACCAUUGUAAGUUGAAACCAGACUCAACAUACAAUGUACAGACAGUCCAGAUCUGCGAUACCUGUCAAUGGCUGGAAGAACUGACCAAUCAGAAUGGGCAUUCACUGGUAAAACCCCUGUAUUACUGAAGCGUAUGCACUGACUGGUGUCUGGAAGCGCCCCCUACAGUACAGGGAGGUAUUACAUGUUCUUUACUCUUUACCUGUAUUACUGAAGCGUAUGCACUGACUGGUGUCUGGAAGCGCCCCCUACAGUACAGGGAGGUAUUACAUGUUCUGUACUACUCUUUACCUGUAUUACUGAAGUGCAUGCACUGACUGGUGUCUGGAAGCCCCCCCUACAGUACAGGGAGGUAUUACAUGUUCUGUACUACUCUUUACCUGUAUUACUGAAGUGCAUGCACUGACUGGGGUCUGGUAGCGCCCCCUACAGUACAGGGAGGUAUUACAUGUUCUGUACUACUCUUUACCUGUAUUACUGAAGUGCAUGCACUGACUGGUGUCUG